AUGGCGCACGUCGAUUACGUCCUUUUCGAAGCCGCCCUGGGCUAUGCCCUCUUCAACGUGGUGCACCAGGCCGAUGCUGUUGGCGCCAAGUUGAAGGAGGUGCAGACUGCCGUCAACGAGUUGCCCAAGUUUAGCAAGAUGGUCAAUCUCGUCAACUUCACUCCCUUCAGUGGUCACAUUGAGGCCCUCGAGAACGUCAACCUGAUUUCUGAGGGUAUCGUUUCCGACCAGCUCAAGUCGGUUCUUGAGCUCAAUCUCCCUCAGACGAGCGGAAAGAAGAGCAAGAUCACUCUGGGUGUUGCCGAAAAGAACCUUGGUAGCGCCAUCAAGGCCCAGUUCCCUGGCCUCUCCAUCGAGACGAUCGAAACCUCCGUGGUUGUUGCCGAACUUAUCCGUGGCAUUCGUCUACACGCUGAGAAGCUCCUCAAGGGUCUCCAGUCUGGUGACCUCAGCAAGGCCUCUCUGGGUCUGGCUCACGCCUACUCCCGUGCCAAGGUCAAGUUCAACGUCACCCGCAAUGACAACCACAUCAUCCAGGCUAUUGCCACUGUCGAUUUCCAGGACAAGGGUGUCAACGGCUUCUUCAUGCGCCUUCGCGAAUGGUACGGCUCUCAUUUCCCCGAGCUCCAGAGAUUUACCUCAGACAACUACACCUACGCUCAGCUUGUCGGCGUCAUUGGAAACAAGAAGACUCUCACUGAUGAGAAGCUGCACGACAUCGCCGCUAUCCUUGGUGAGGACGGUGAGAAGGCCCAGGCCAUCAUCGAUGCCGCCAAGGUCUCUAUGGGAUAUGAUCUUGCCGGCACUGAUUUCGAGAUCAUCGAUCAGCUCUCUCGCCUUGUCAUCAAGCAGGCUGAUAACCGUCGCAACACCUCUACUUAUCUUGACGAGAAGCUUGACCAGGUCGCGCCCAACCUGAAGGCCCUGCUCGGAUCUAGCGUUGCUGCUCGUCUCAUCUCUCACGCUGGUUCUCUCACCAGCUUGGCUAAGCUGCCUUCAUCAACUCUGCAGAUUCUUGGUGCUGAGAAGGCCCUCUUCCGUGCUCUCAAGACUAAGGGUAACACUCCCAAGUUCGGCCUCCUGUUCCACGCUGGUGCUAUUGCCAAGGCUAGCAAGCAGAACAAGGGUCGUAUGUCCCGCUGUGUCGCCAACAAGGCUUCCAUGGCUUCUCGUAUCGAUGUCUUCUCCGCCGAGCCUUCCACCCGGUUCGGAGAUGCCUUCAAGCAGCAAGUGGAUGAGCGUCUGGAAUUUUACGCCACUGGCAAGCGCCCCACAAAGAACUCUGAUGUUAUCAAAUCCGUCAUGGAGUCUCUCGGAGAUGCCGGUGAGACCUUUGAUGAGGAUAUGGUUGAUGCCCCUGAUGCUGCCGCCUCCAAGAAGGAGAAGAAGGACAAGAAGAAGGACAAGAAGGAGAAGAAGGAGAAGAAGGAAAAGAAGCGCAAGCACGAGGAGGACGAGGAUGUUCCCAUGACCAAUGCCGCCGACGGUGAGAAGAAGAAGAAGAAGAAGAAGUCCAAGUCCAAGGAUGAGUAG